UCUCAUCGUCUGAGCAGUUUCCUGGAUGGACGGCUCAGCUACUGUGGAAGUUUAGCCGAGUAUAAUUACAUUUAGUCUUGACCUCCAAAGUGAAAACAACAGCGGGAAUAAUGAAUUUCAAUUGAGACGACGACAUUUUGACGUCGAGUUCACGUCGAGCAAACAGCAGGUGGAUGCAAUUAGAAGUUGAUUAAGCUGCUGCGUCGAUAUGGAGGAGUCCAGUGACUUAUAUGACUCGUCUGAGACAAAUGACCCCCCUGCCUGGGAAGACCACCAGGCACAGCAUCUGGACAAUCUGGACGCAGUGGAGCGUCUCAGGAGGAAGAUCAAAUACUACUUCAUGAACCCCUGUGAGAAAUACCACGCUCGUGGACGAAAACCAUGGAAGCUCACAUUGCAGAUCGUCAAAAUUGCCAUUAUUACCAUCCAGUUGGUGUCUUUUGGGCUGAGCAACCAGAUGGUUGUCACAUUCAAGGAGGAAAAUCUGAUGACAUUCAAGCACCUCUUUUUGAAAGAUUAUGUUGACGGAGGCAUGGAUACGUAUGCUGUUUACAGACAGACAGAUGUUUAUGAUCACAUCGACUACAUUCUUAAACAGUAUGGACAUCUGCACAACAUCACAGUAGGCAAUCAUGAAUAUGAGAAAAAUGGUAGCGUCUACACCCCGCUGACAGUUUGUCAGGACUACUACAGGAACGGUACCAUCUACCCUGGAAAUGACACCUUCGAAAUUGAUGCUCAUGUGGACACUGAGUGCUUCAAAGUGUAUCCGAUGUACAACCCAUCAUUGUAUGAAGUGCUUCCAGAAUUUGAACUGUAUUUCAAAAGGAUGGUCUCUGUCAAGCUCACAUUUGUUCUCAAGGCCAUAAACUUGCAGACAGUGAGACAUCGGGAACUGCCAGACUGCUACGACUUCACUGUUAUCAUAACUUUCAACAACCGAGCUCACAGUGGGAGGAUAAAGAUUGACCUGGAAAAUGAUGUGGACAUCAAUGAAUGCAGAGACUGGAAAGUAAAUGGAGCAUCUGCUCGAAACAUAUGGCUGACUGUGCUGUUUGACUGCCUCAUCAUUAUAACGUGCAUCAUCUCUUUCACCCUCUGCACACGCUCGGUCAUCAAUGGGGCUCAACUCCAAUUUGAAUACGCCCACUACUGCAUGAAAUACUGCAGUAAAGAGGUGCCAUUGUCGGACAAGUUGGAGUUUGUGAACGGCUGGUAUAUCCUGAUCAUUGUCAGUGACACACUGACCGUGAUUGGCUCCAUUCUCAAGAUUGAGAUCCAGACUAAGGUCCUCACAAGCUAUGACGUGUGCAGCAUCUUCCUUGGCACAGGCACCAUGUUGGUCUGGAUUGGGGUCAUUCGUUACAUGGGCUACUUCAGAAAAUAUAACAUUCUCAUCCUGACACUGAGGGCAGCUUUCCCAGUUGUUAUUCGUUUCAUCUGCUGCGCUGGAAUCAUCUACCUGAGUUACUGCUUUUGUGGCUGGAUCGUCCUCGGCCCAUAUCAUGAGAAGUUCCGGACCUUGAACACAGUGUCGGAGUGUCUGUUCUCACUGAUCAACGGAGACGACAUGUUUCCCACCUUUAAGAACAUGAAGCAGAAGAGCAGCCUGGUGUGGAUCUUCAGCCGGGUCUACCUCUAUACCUUUGUGUCGCUUUUUAUCUACAUGAUCCUGAGCCUCUUCAUCACAAUCAUUACCGACACCUACGACACCAUCAAGCAACAGCAGCAAAGUGGAACCCCAACGUCAGAGCUACAAAAAUUCCUUUCAGUGUGUAAAGAUCUGCCGAAUUCUGGUGUGUUCAGACUUGAUGAGAACAACAGCUGCUUCUUUGAGUGCUGGAUCAACAGAUGCAGGAAGCGCCAACAUCAAGAGCGGCUGACUUCAGAGGCAUAGAAAGUCUUUAAUGUGGAGAUACUAAAAGGCUGCACUGUAGAAAUAAUAACCUAAUAAUUAAUGUGCACUUUAAACUGUUAUAUUCAGUUGUAGUGGGUUACAGGGUCUGAAAAGCUUUUUUCCUUCUUUACCAGUACAAGUUUGCUUUGCUGAGGAUCAUUUCUUUCAGUGCUGAUGACUGGACCCAUGAUAAAGGCAAAAGAUAAAGGAAUCUAAAGUCUGGUCUCAAUAUGAUGCACUAAAUUGGGAAAUACUUUGUAAAUACACUUAUUUAUAUUAAUACUGUGGAUGAAGAAUUUGUGACGGAAAUUUGAAAUGACAUUGUGUUUUUACAAAGCAUGUCACUUUGGAAAGACUCCAACGUUGCACACUCGAGAUACUGUAUCAAUGUUCAAUAAAUAAGCUGAAAUGUACAUUAAAUGAGAUUUUAUUUCUCCA